CCGGCCCCGCCCUUCCUCCUCCCCCACUCCUGCCGCGCCGCCGGCGUGGCCCAGCGGGCUUGACUCGGUGCCCCCUGCCCUUUCACCUCCCACGCGGAGUGCCGGCUUGUCCCCUAGCCCAGUCCGGAUCCCCGCUCCGCGGGUAGUGUGAUGCCUCCGGACUGCUGUCGGGAACACCGAGGCGCAAAGAGGGCUUGGGCCAUGCCAGAGGCCGCUGGCCGGGGCUGAGUUGCUCCUGGUCGCCUGCCCUCUCCCGGGUGACCCGGAGGUACAUUUCCCCGGAGCUGCUGCCCCCGCUUGGGGGGAUGGGCGCAAUCACGCCAGAUGGACGAGAAGAUCAAGAAAGCCGAAGAGAUGGCCCUGAGACUCACCCGAGCAGUAGCGGGCGGGGAUGAACAGGUGGCUGUGCAGUGUGCAGUCUGGCUGGCAGAGCAGCGGGUGCCCCUGAGUGUGCAACUGAAGCCCGAGGUCUCCCCAACACAGGACAUCAGUCUGUCAGAAGUAUAUGUAACAACCUGGACUUGCAACUGGCAACUGGAGUCCAAGGAGGGGGUGGUUGGAACCCCCAAUCUAAAUCCCGUUGGUCCGAAAUCCAGGCUGUGUGUCAGUGUGGAGGAUGCUCAGAUGCACACUGUCACCAUCUGGCUCAUGGUGCGCCCUGACAUGACAGUGGCUUCCCUCAAGGACAUGGUGUUCCUGGACUAUGGCUUCCCGCCAGCCCUGCAGCAGUGGGUAAUUGGGCAGCGGUUGGCCCGGGACCAGGAGACCCUGCACUCCCAUGGGGUGCGGCGCAAUGGCGACAGUGCUUACCUCUAUCUGCUGUCAGCCUGCAACACCUCACUCAACCCUCAGGAGCUGCAGCGGGAACGCCAGUUGCGGAUGCUGGAAGAUCUGGGCUUCAAGGACCUCACGCUGCAGCCCCGGGGCCCACUGGAGCCGGCGCCUCCGAAGCCUGGGGCCCCCCAGGAGCCAGUGCAGGGGCAGCCUGAUACUACGCCGGAGCCCCCGCCGGUGGGCUGGCAAUGCCCAGGCUGUACCUUCAUCAACAAGCCCACACGGCCGGGCUGUGAAAUGUGCUGCCGGGCGCGGCCCGAGGCCUACCAAAUCCCAGCCUCCUACCAGCCGGAUGCGGAGGAGCUAGCGCGCCUGGCCAGUGAGGAGGAGGCGCUGCGCCAGUACCAGCAGCGGAAGCAGCAGCAGCAGGAGGGGAACUACCGGCAGCACAUCCAGCUGGAUCAGAGGAGCCUGGUGCUGAAUACCGAGCCCACCGAAUGCCCCGUGUGCUACUCGGCGCUGGCGCCUGGCGAGGCCGUGGUGCUGCGAGAGUGUCUUCAUGCCUUCUGCAGGGAGUGUCUGCAGGGCACCAUCCGAAACAGCCAGGAGGCCGAGGUUGCCUGCCCCUUCAUUGACAACACCUACUCGUGCUCUGGCAAACUGCUGGAGAGGGAGAUCCGGGCGCUGCUGACCCCUGAGGAUUACCAGCGAUUUCUGGACCUAGGCGUCUCCAUCGCCGAGAAUCGAAGUGCCUUCAGCUAUCACUGCAAGACACCGGACUGCAAGGGGUGGUGCUUCUUUGAGGAUGAUGUCAAUGAGUUCACCUGCCCCGUGUGUUUCCACAUCAACUGCCUGGUUUGCAAGGCCAUUCAUGAGCAGAUGAACUGUAAGGAGUACCAGGACGACCUGGCCUUGCGGGCUCAGAACGAUGUGGCCGCCCGGCAGACGACAGAAAUGCUGAGGUCCAUGCUACAGCAGGGCGAGGCCAUGCACUGCCCGCAGUGCCAGAUCGUGGUGCAGAAGAAGGAUGGCUGUGACUGGAUCCGCUGCACUGUCUGCCACACCGAGAUCUGCUGGGUCACCAAGGGCCCGCGCUGGGGCCCAGGGGGCCCAGGAGACACCAGUGCAGGCUGCCGCUGCCGGGUGAAUGGGAUUCCUUGCCACCCCAGCUGUCAGAAUUGCCACUGAGCUGAAGAUGGUCUGGUCCCCACGCUGACCCAGCCCCCGUUCACAAGUUGCUGUGGGACACGGCAGGUGCUUUGGCUCUGGUUUCCAGCCUGGAAGAUGCCAAGGCCCCUGAGCUGCAUGGAUGGGGAUGGCCUUGUUUGCGAGGGGUGUUGCAAGACCCCCCCACUCCCCCCACCCCCACAGAGCUGGCUUGUCCACAGCUGCCUCUGCCCCAGUGCCUUUGCCUUUCCCGUGGGGCUUGCUGGCCAGACCUCUCAUCUCUCCUUUGCGGCUCCCACCUCUGCCUGACCCAGCCUUAAACACAGCCCUGGCCAGAGGCCUCGCUGGAUAGAGCCUCCGAGGGCUCUGUGUGAGUCCACAUCCCCCGUCCUUGUCUGCUAAACGCUGAACACUCACAGCCUGCCAUUUCGCCUGUCCUCUUUCUGGGGGUGACUGUGCUCUGGCUUUGCUGUUGGAGGUCUGAGGCCUCUUAGAACUGCUGCUAAUUCUGUUCAGAGCCGAGAAGGAGACCUGGCAGUUCGUAAAUUAAAGCACAGCCCAUCAGGUCCAGCUUCUGCAUCUUCCUCUUUGCUGCUGGUGUACGCUGAUUAAAAUGGUUUUCCAGGAA